ACCAAGCCAGCUAUGCAAUGGAAAAAGGGACUGUGAAAGCGAUGGAUCAGAUGAACGAAAUUGCGCGAGGAAGUGUCCAAAAGACGAUUUCCAGUGCGUUAGUGGUGACUGCGUUCCGAUGUAUCUGACUUGUGAUGGUCAACGUCAGUGUAUYGAUGGAUCAGAUGAGCCCGAUAUGUGUGUUCAUUGCGAUUUCGAUGAAGGAAGCUUAUGCGGUCUGACAAAAGAGAUCAAUGCUAGCUUUGAUUGGCUGCCUCGCUCGGGGACGACUCCAACGAGAAAUACWGGUCCUGAUUACGAUCAUACAACUCUAGGGAAUAAAGGGAUAUUUCUCUACCUUGAGGCCUCCGACAGGAAUCCUGGAGAGAAGGCAAUUUUGUCAACUGACUUUCUGUUUGGUGGUCGACCAGUCUGUGUUCGUUUCUGGUACCACAUGAAUGGUUACGACAUUGGAUCCCUUAACGUAUAUUACAAAACCAAUCAAAGUCAAGUGUUGUUAUGGCAACGCUCAGGUCACGUGGGUMAUCAAUGGCURUUUGGACAAACGACCUAUAACACGACAGAAACAUUCAAGAUCGUCAUCGAGGGUGUGGUAGGAUCUGGUGCUUUAGGGGACAUAGCUAUAGACGACCUGACCAUAUCUUAUGGGCGAUGUCAAAAAAUAUUGCAUCAAGAAAACCCGUCGUGUUACUUUGAGCAAGAUUUCUGUCAAUGGAAAGUUAGUCAAGGUUGGAGUCUAUCUCGUCCAGGAGCACGACCUCUACYUUAUGACUGGAAUGGAACUCUGGGAAACUACAUAAGCAUAAGUAAAGCAACACCAUCAAUAGAACUACUCGUAAGUCCAAUUGUUCCCAGUACCCUCAGGUGCAUCAGAUUUUGGUACUAUCUGUCCUUCUCCAAAACCUACGGUAGUGAAAUCAGCGUUCAUGUAAUACGUUACCGAGCAAAGAGGGUCACGAUAUGGAGGAAUGCUGCUGAAAUAAACAAGUGGCAAUAUGUACAGUUACCGCUGACUCACGACACCGACGUUCGGAUCAUAAUUGAAGGGAAAAGAACGUCUAUUACAGCCAAUUUACUUCUGGAUGAUAUCACAUUCGACUCAGGUCUAUGCAGUCAAAUCCCACCUACAGAAAAGGAAACUCAGUCAUUUGGAGCAACACGGCACUGGAAAUUGGACGGAACUGACAGUGAUCUCAGAACGUUUGGCGUUAUAUCAUAUCACGAAGAUAACGGACACCGCGUGGCUUACUUCAACGGGAUUAGCGGGUACUUCGACAGUCCUGCUCUCGACCUUCAUUCUAGAAACUUCUCUGUAGUGGGUUGGUUCAAYGUUCGGGAUCGUAAACGAAUGAAUCACAUCUACUCUGAUUGGUCCUAUCCCCACCAGUUUCGCUUUUAUGUACAUUCGGACAGGUUUGUUGCUGAGCUCCGAGGAGAGACAAAGACAAUUGUUGUGGUGUCCAAUACCAUCUUUGCCAAGGAAUGGACUAUGUUUGGGUUUACUUGGAGUCCCAUAACAAAAGUAGCAAAGCUGUACUUAAAUGGUAAAAUGGUCCGAAAAUACACAUCUAAGCUCGCCGUUGAUCAGUUAAAACUCAGAUCAACCAACGAUGCUUUUUACGAAAUUGGUAAUAAACUUGAUUCGGACGUAAAAUAUCAUGGAUGCAUGAGGGACUUAAUGGUUUUCUAUCGUCAAUUGACUGCCUAUGACAUCAUGUCUAUAUAUAGUCCUUCACGAUUGUCUUGUCAAUAUCGACAAACAACAGAUGGAAACUGCUGCGUGUUUCCGUUUAUCUAUAAGAAAAUACCACGGUAUACUUGUUUGGCUAAAUCCACCGGGUCUUUAUUUUGGUGUUCCACGACUGCAAACUUUGAUAAAGACGGAAAGCAAUCCACUUGUAAAGUUGAUGUGGAAUGCAAUAGUGUACAAAAUGGAUGGUGCGGCUGGAAAAACGUAUCAGGAAACAGUUGGAUGCGAGGAAUGAGAAAAGAGAUGUGCGCUUUGGAAAAACAGAUCGAUGAUGUCAUUAACAACACACAAGGGAAAAGCAAACUAGUGCUUAAGCAAAAUGAAUAUCAAGUCAGCUUUCACGAGGGACAUUCAGAGUACAUCAACUACACAGGRAUUCCAGACAUGUUUUCGUAUACUGUUUGUAUGUGGGUCAAGACUGCUGACACUACCAACGCYGGAACUGCCUUUGUUUAUCAGACCAAAUAUCAAGACACCAAUACAACAAAAGUCGCCAUUGCAAUGAUGGAUUAUAGGAAACUUUCUUUUAUGGUUAACACAAGAAAAGUGACUUCGUCGAUACGUUACAACGACGGUUCAUGGCAUUAUAUUUGCUUAAGAUGGGACCACGCUAGAAAACACUUCUCCCUGAAUAUCGAUGAUCGAAAAUACUCCAAAACAUUUUCAACAUUUCCAAAUACUGUUAUUCCUGGUGGAGGUGAACUGAUUAUUGGCCUGACAGCACAACAAAAACAGUCUAUUGGUAAAGAUUAUGGUCAGUUUGUCGGCAACAUCACUUAUUUUGUCCUUUGGAAUCAUCAUUUGUCUGACAGUGACAUCAAAAGAAUGAGCUACGAUUAYAGAGGUACCUUUGGGUCUCCUGUGGCUUCAUGGGAAGUGCUUCUAUCCUCCUUGGUUGGUAACUCGUAUAUUAUCCAAUCCUCUACUUGUAGAAAAGACUUUGAAGGGCCGCGUAUCAUGCUGAAUUUAAUGACUGGUGGUCAUCAAGAUGUGUCUUCAGUGUACGAGAGCAUACUAUUCGACAGAUCUUCCCGUCAUCACACCAUGUGUUUACAAUUUUCUUACAAAAUAUACAGUCCUGCUAGUCAURCACUACCGACACUACGGGUCUAUCAGCUUUUAAAGUCAGAUAACUAUCUACCAAUACUAGUGUGGGAGCUUAGUAACGAAACUACUGCACAAGGCAUGUGGACAGAAUCUGAGGUUUUGAUCACUGGUUUGUCGGAUUUUAAGCUUCGAUUUGAAGGUUUGGCAGGACGAGAUCYUGGCUACAUUACCGUAAGAGAUAUUCGUUCAGUUGAUGGUUACUGUAGAUUCACAAAGCCUAUAGURUGCAAUGAAACGCGGACCUCAUCAAGUGGCUAUCUCUUCUCACCACAAUAUCCAAACACAUACAGUCCCAAUGUUUCAUGUACGUGGCGAAUACAUGUGAACCCAAAUAGUAUCAUACGUCUCCAUUUCCUGUUCUUCGAUCUUCAAGACCAUCCAAAAUGUACUAAAGAUUACGUAACAGUUUCUGAUAAUUCUAAAAGACUUGGUAAAUUCUGUGGAAGUAGAUAUCCCGAGUUUGUGGAGUCGACUGGAAACGUAAUGAUUGUCACCUUCAAGAGUGAUGGAUUCAUUGGACGAGUGGGAUUUAAGGCUAGAUAUAAAUCAAGACAAGUUAAAAGAACCGAGGACCAAUGCAUGUCAUACAAAGGAUGUCCUAUUGGGUGYCAAUGUGCUCAUCUAUGGACAAGRCAACAUGGCGCCGUAGUAGUAAGAUCUGGUCACGAUGUCAAGAUGACAGCUAUCCCACCUAAGCUUCCCUCGGAAACUCAAACUUUGCUUCUUGGACGCAACAGGGUAUCAAAUCUACACAAGUUUGACCUGUCAGGUGACUUUUCACURAAUCUUGAAUACCUGGAUAUGUCGAACAACAUUCUCAUUGACAUUCAAAAACAAGUAUUCUCAAGUCUCAAGAACGUGAAAGUUUUGAGGCUUAACUCUAACUUUCUACGAAUAUUACAUCAUCAAGUAUUUUCUGAAACAACUGCAUUAACUACGUUAGAUCUUAGUGACAAUCUAAUCAGCAGAAUCGAUUCARCUUUAUUUACACCAUUGAGAUUACUGCAAAUUUUGAGUCUACGGUCCAAUAAGAUUUCGUUCCUGGACGGACGCACUUUUUCCAGUAAUGGAAACCUGACUGCACUGUGUUUGGAUUUUAACUUAAUCGAGGUGAUACCUGAUGACUUACUAAUCAACCAAAGGAAUCUCAAAAUACUAUAUUUGAAUGACAACAAAAUAAAGAAGAUAACCCUUAACACAUUCAAGGGGCUUGAUUCCAUUGAAAUAUUGUUUUUACAGAACAACGAUGCACUAGAAUCUCCUCCUGAAGCGCUCACCGGUCUUAAAACACUGAAACGACUAAAAGUCGACGAUUUCUUCCUCUGUUGCCAUGCCGACAAAGCAAUUCCAGGAGUGCAGUGCGAGUCCCCAAAAGACUACUUCUCGAGCUGUUCUGACUUGAUGAAGAAUCGAACCCUUCAAGUGUUUAUAUGGAUACUUGGUCUUUCUGCAUUACUAGGGAACGUUUUUGUAAUUUUCCUUCGUGUGAAAGCUAAAGACGACAACAAAGUCCACUCGUUCUUGCUUACAAAUCUUGCAUUCGCUGACUUACUAAUGGGUGUCUAUAUGAUGUUCAUCGCUGUGAAAGAUGUUCAAUUUCAAGGAGAAUAUUUCAAGCAUGAUCAUAGCUGGAGAAAUGGAAGUGUUUGUAGAAUUGCUGGAGCAUUAUCGUUACUGUCCAGCGAGGCUUCUGUGAUUCUACUCACAGUAAUAACUGCUGAUCGACUWAAAAACAUCGUUUUCCCAUUUCGCGGCAGGAAACUUUCUUACAAUGGUGCRCGUAAUAUUACAAUAGUAUCAUGGUUUGCAUGCAUCAUAAUGUCUAUUCUUCCAAUGGUAGAACUGCCAUAUUUCUACGACAAGACUCGUCGUGUUGGCUACUAUGGWCGRUCAGCRUUGUGUCUUCCACUGCAACUUACCAAGGACAAACUAGCAGGCUGGGAGUACUCGGUGUCCAUCUUUAUCGUUCUUAACUUAGUAUCGUUUGUUUUCAUACUGUUUGCUUAUGUACUSAUGUUUAUAACUGUUUCACGGUCWUCACGAACCGUUCGGUCAUCGUCCGUGAAGAAGGAAUCCCAGCUUGCUAAGAGAAUGGCUUUUAUCAUYGCUACAGAUUUCUGUUGCUGGGUUCCUGUUAUCGUUAUUGGGAUUUURUCUCUACUUGGUUUAUUUCAUGAUCCUGAGCAGACUGCGUACGCGUGGCUAGCUGUGUUUGUUAUACCAGUCAAUUCUUCAAUCAAUCCGUUUUUAUAUACACUAUCGACGUCCUUGUACAUUAAGAAGAUCAUGAACAACAAGGUGGCUACGUCUUUAGCCUUAAGGCAGAUAUCGAUAUUUACGAAUAACAACUCGAUUAUGCCAUCUGAGGGCAACAUCGUUUCAACUUUAAAGAACCAAAGGGAAAUUAAAGAGAAWAAGCUGAGUACCAAACAACUACGAGUCGAUAAUCAAGAAGCGUGGCGCAGUAACGACACGGACACUACGGACAUGAAGGAAAWCAAAACCAAAGAGUGACAAUGGCAUGAAUGCAGAUCGUGUGAGCUCAGGCCAUAUAUAACUGCACUUUACAUGAAACACAACUGUUGAUAAAACUGAUAUAUAAGAGGAUAUUCCCUAACAAAUCGAUCCUCGUAGCUGUGGCUGGUUAUUACCGUCUAUCAAACGCUCCUGCGUUACGUUACCUUAGAGCGGAUUUCGUAUGAGUGGGAAACGCACGGUACUGUACUGUGACCGUAAUCGUACUGUAACCAAAUUCUAGUGCCCCAUUGGUUCACCAAAAUUGUGAAGGCCAGGUCCGGUAACUGUGCGGUAACCGUGCGGUAACGGUGUCCCACUCAUACGAAAUCCGCUCUAUGUUUACGUUACCUCUACUGUGUACAUACAGUCUUUAGAAUUGCCCGAUUAAUAAUGCUACAAGUCAAUGGCACAGUAAAACCUAGUGUAUACGAACAUCCAUUUUUGAAGUUCAUACUGAUUUUAAACUUAUUCAGUCCGACCUAGUCCGACUUCACGCUCUAAGAGCGUCUAGUUCUUAUUGGGUGCUCUUCACUCACUUGUUCUUAUAUGUGGGUUUUUACUGUUUUUAAGAUCAUGAUGUGAUUAUCCAAAAUGUAAUUCUUAACAAUAAUAAAAUAUGUACAAGUCGA